CCUCCACAUUCACAGAUAGCACUAUCAAAUACGAAAUCUUCUCAAAUACAAGCAGCAGAAGCAGUUAUUGUAACUUAAGUUUAAUCAAAAAUGGCGGAAGGCACAGCCACCUGCAUAGACAUCCUCCUCGCCAUCAUCCUUCCUCCUCUUGGGGUCUUCCUCAAGUAUGGCUGCCAUGUAGAGUUCUGGAUCUGUUUGGUACUCACCCUUUUUGGAUAUCUCCCUGGAAUUAUUUAUGCUGUCUAUGCUAUCACCAAGUGAUCAUCAUCUUUGGUGGCCAAUGAACAGUAUAGUUCUCAAGUGCAUUCCGCGUGUUUCAGUUCAGAUAUUCCUGUUUUUCUGUAGCCGUUUGAUCUUUGAUGGGUUAAUUAAAAAGUGAUUCUUUUUUCUUCUUUUUUUUUCUCUUUUGUUUUAUUCUCAGUGUAUCACUGUCAAUAUCCCUUUUUUAGUGACGUGUUAAUUAAUUAUUAUUUUCCGUGCUUUAUUUUGUUGUAUGUAACAACCAAGAGUGGGACUUGGUGUGGUCUCUAUACUUGUUUGGAGUUUGGACAACCGAAUGAAUUGAAAGAUAGUACUUGCUAGUCAGGGUCAAUAAUUUUGUUUACUUGUAUUAGACCUCAAUCCUAAUUAGUAAUGUAUUCAUUCAUGUCAAAAUGUUCUAAUAGUUAUCAAUUAUUAUUUUCAAAUUAAUAAAAUUGAUUUAUUCAUCAA